GUAGUCAACUUCCGGAAUAAACAUGCCUUGUCCUUGCACGGGCGGGUACACGUUGACAGUAUUAUCAAUCAAGUUUCACAAUCAUAUAUGACCCAGUUCUUGAAUGCCAGUAUGUAGGUAUGCACCGCCUUCUUUUCCGUCACUUUAACACGAUGUCAUCGCCUUGGAAGGAAGCAGCGACGCUAGUCCUAGCCGCGAAAGCACCGAAUGCGUCCCGUCAGGGGACUUUGAUCCCAUUCGAUUAUAAACUCUUGAUGCUGAAACGAAGCUCUCGUAGCGGCUUCAUGCCCAGUGCGAACGUAUUUCCCGGGGGUGUGUUGGAUCCGGCUGAUGAGUCUUCGGAAUGGGUAAAGCUGUUUGAGUCCGCUGGCGUAGGGGUGGAAGAACUGAAGAAAUUCUCGGAUAUUCCAGGCCCUCGGCCUGCGGCGUUUCGCACUCGGCCUCGACAGAAAGUGUCUGGCUCUGAAGUUGCGUUGCCGAGGGAAGUGGCUUUUCGCAUCUGUGCAAUACGGGAAACGUACGAGGAAUCUGGUAUUUUACUGGGCAGGAGAUUUAUCAGGCAAUCACAUGGCCAAAAGUCAGAAGUCACAAAUUCUGGGAAGUUCUACAAUAACAGUGGACUUAAAAUAGCUGACCACUGUGAUUUAGAAUGGUCAGUCCUUGACCAGUGGCAGUCUAAAGUGGACUCCAAUGCCAACAACUUUCUAGCCAUGUGUAAGGAGUUUAGUAUAGUGCCUGAUGUAUGGGCAUUAAGGGAGUGGUUCAAUUGGCUGACCCCUACCGCCGGCGUAAAGCCCGGAAAAGGGGCAGAUCACAAGCUUGCCCCGCGGAGAUACGACGCUUUAUUCUUCCUGUGCUGUAUAGAUGAUCUCUUGGACGUGUCACACUGUCAACGGGAGAUGGUCAAGGCUGAGUGGGUCAGUCCUGUUGAUGCUCUGCUUGACCAUCGGGCUCAUCUGAUUUAUCUUCCUCCCCCUCAAGUAUUCACAUGUAGUGGACUAUGUAACCACCCUAGCAUAGAGCACCUGCAAAGGUUCAGUGUAACGCGCGAACAGAACGGCAUGGAACGCUGGCUGCCAGUGCUGGUGCCAUGCAGGGACGGAGUGGCCGAGCUGUGGCCAGGAGAUGACCGCUACCCUGCUGAGCCUGACCUCUAUGGAGUAUCGGACUCGGAGACGGAUUCCGUGGUCACUCUGAAGGAGUUUAGGGAAGGGUGUGCUUCGUUGAAUAGACUGGAGUUGAAUUCACCGCAGGAUUCGAAGAUUGUUUCAAAUGUGGCGUCGUAUGGACAUCUAGGUCUAUAUCAAGGGGAAUUGAGGACACCACUGUUGAAUAAAUUGUGAAUUGUGCCUUAAAUGUAUUGAACCAGCAGCCAAGUGGACUUCCAUAAACUUUCUUAACAAGGAAAAAUUUAUAUAAAAUGAUAGGGCUACAUAUACUUAUUUGCUCAUUUUACAUAUCCAAAGGAGGUCAAAAUGUGCUUAUAUUAUUAACUCUAAGGAAGUGAAAGAAAGGGAAAUAUUUUGACCAUAUUCAUUAUCAAAGUAAUUUUUAUAGUAUAUUUUUUUUUCAUUUAAGUCUUUUGUACAUGAAAUAAGUGCACACAAGUAAUGUGCACUUUGCUAAGGUCAGUAUUUUUAUAGCAGCAUUAUUUUGAUGCAUGCCUAUAUCAACUAUUCACUGAUUUUCUUUUUAAGGCAUUCAAUGCACAUUAGACUUUUGUGCAAAUUAAAUUUUCUUGUAAAUUUCAGUAGUUUCCCUCUUUAUCAGCAAGAUAUCCAUUAUCCAAAACCAUUGAGAAUAGUAUGAUGAUGUUAAAACAGGUUUUCAGGUUAUAAAUUUGUUUUUACUGUCACAAAAAAAAAAAAAAAGAAAUGUAAGCAGUCUUGAUCUCCAUGAUAAGAGUGCGUCAAAAAUAAGAAUUUUUUUUGCCAUAAGAUAUACCGUGGUGAAAAUGGAAGUACUGAAAGUUCAUUGUCUGCCAUAUGUGAAUGUCUACGUGUUACUUUAAAUGCAUUCAAUGGCUUGUCAUAGGCAAAAAUGUUAAUUUUUCAAAUAAUGUAAUUUGUUAUAAAAAUACUUGAAAAGCAAUAAAGUCUUUCA